CACGCACACACUCGCAAUCUGUGCUCUCGUUGCUUGCACACGAAUAGCAGAGACGUUGAGGAGUGGGGUUUUCAACGGAGGAGCAGCCAGGUGCGCCUCACGCCGGCCUUUGUGUCUUCCGAGCACCGAGUUUCUCUCAAAUUCUCUGUGCACCGUGAAGCUUGUUGAGGGGGACUGGAGGCAGAGGUCGAGGGCAAUGGCGCGUCAGGUGGUUCUUGCGGCCGUUCUUUUGCUGAUCGCUGCUGCAGUUCUGGCGAGCGCGCAGACUCCGACUGAGGUGACCAUCGGUUGGGUCACCUACGCAGGCAACGGCUGCAAUUACGACAACACCAACUGGGUGCUGUCGAACGACUACAAGACUGUCACCUUCAUGUUCGGCGGGAUGGUUGCGACCACGGACGGGUCGCUCGCCGACAAGAGGAAGUCUUGCCAGAUGUCGUUCUCUGUGAACUACCCGGAUGGCUGGAGCGUCUCCAUUGGUCAGGCCACGGGCCGCGGGUUCGCUGACAUCGCCGAGAACUCCGACGGCAUCUACGAGACGCACUACUACUUCUCCGGACAAACGGGGACGGCGAUGGUGGAGCGCAAAAUCAAAGGCCCAAAGGUUGGCAGCUUCGAGUUCACGGACGACUUCCUGACGCUUGUCUGGAGCGAGUGCAACAACGCGCCCAACCUGAAUAUCAAGACGGUGGUGAGAGUGGAGGGCCAGAAGGCUGUGAUGGCGCUCGACUCCCAGGAUACCAAGUUCCAGCUCAUCUUCAAUCUCCAAUGGAGGCAGUGUCCGCAAAAUUGAGACCCCCGUUCACCAUCUCGCACUGAGGGUGGCGGCCCUGGCGGGUGAGCGGAGGGGUGGGAGAGGAGUGUACAGAUUCGUCAGGGCUCACCUCGGUAGAAUCUGAGGGAAAGACGCUACGGUCGAUUACGCCUGACCUUCUCUCUCUCUCUUUCUCUUUAUAUAUAUAUAUAUAUAUAUAUAUAUAUAUAACUCCGACGAAACAGUUUGUCACAGCCCCUCGUUUGUUGUCCUCUUCUCUCUCUCUGCCUACGGUUUACCGGGCAGUUCUGGGUGAACUGUCCGUGGGGCACCCUGACACCACGAUUUGACAGUUAAUCUGUCCUCUAUAAUGGCUCAUCCAGAUUUGUUUUUGGGGCCGGCGAUGAAGGCGAUCAUAUCACGCCUUCCAUCUGAUUAGUGGUAUCUUAUACAAGAUAAUGAAGGAUUCUUUAUUCC